AUGGAGAACACCAACCGAAAAAUCCAAAGAGCUGUGUGCACGCAGAAAGGAGACACCAGUAACAGUGAUUCUCAUGAUAUGCUUGACCCGACUCCUACGCCUUCAAGGGACAGACUGCGCAGUACAUCGUCGCCGUUGGGCAUUAUCUGGCUCUCAACUCCAAAAGUAUUCGUUUUCAACAGGGAUGCUGGUACACUAUCGGUUGUCUGCGAAAUACCUAGCACCAUUAAUAAAGAGGCUAGUUGUCGAGUCUUCUCGGCUAUCAAGAAAGGGACUAGCUGUCAAACCCCUAGCGCCGUCAGCACGGAUGCAGUCGGCCAACCCGUCAAUAAGCCUGUCGGCCAGACUACCGGUGCUUUCAACAAGGUCGCUGUCGGUUAA